AUGCCGCUUGUUAUCCCGUCUGCCCGUGCGCAACCAGCGCUGCCGCCGCCCAACCAGGCGAACUGCGAGUUGCUUGGACGUCUCAUGAAGCUGUAUCGUGCGCUCUGCGUGCGUCACGACGAGUUGGGGCAGGAAAUUAUCCUUAACGACAUUUUGGCGUUCCUAACACGCAAUCACCAGCACGAUAUGGCGGAAAGUGUCAUUGCCACCUGCGAGCUCAGCCUUCCGCAUCGCUCCAACAAUCAAGCGGCACGGUACUUUUACUACGUCGGACUCACACGCGCCCUUAGGCUGGAAUACGUUGAUGCGAAUCAGUGCCUACAGCAGGCGCUUCGAAAGGCGCCUGAGCGUGCAUUCGGCUUUCGCGUCGCGGCAACCAAGCUUGCUCUUGUUGUUCAGUUACUACUAGGUGAAAUUCCGCCCCGCUCGGACUUUUUGCAGAAAGAUGUGCGGGAGAGUCUUUCACCGUACCUGCAACUUGCUUCUUGUGUGCGAUUUGGGCAGUUGAGCCGAUUCAUGUCUAUAUUGCAGCAGCACAAGAGCAUCUUUGAGCACGACCGCACCUAUUCCCUCAUUUUGCGGGUACGGCAGCAUGUAAUUAAGACGGGGUUGCGCCGUAUUUGUCAUGCAUACAGCCGAAUUAGCAUAUCUGAUAUAUGCACGAAGCUUUCCAUGGAAAAUCCUGGUGAUGCAGAGUAUAUUAUUGCCAAGGCCAUCCGCGACGGCGUCAUUGACGCGGUCAUUGACCACGAGAAGGGUCACCUCAUCAGCAGCGACACUGUGGAUGUGUACUCCACGUCUGAACCGCUUAUGGCCUUACAGCGUCGCAUUCAGUUUCUCAAUGUCACACACAAUGACGCCAAGCGAUCGAUGCGUUACACCGCAGCUGAUCCUGAGCUUGAGGAGGAGCGGCGAAAGCUGGAUCGCGAGGAGUUGGAUUCCGUUUUGCGAGCUGCCUUGGAGGAGGAGGAACUGGGUGGGGCCGAUUUCGAGGAUGGGCUGCCGUAG